GACGCAGUUGCUGCUAAUCCUUAGUUGAAAGGGUUCUAGUUUUACUCCUUUAAUUAUUGUCCAUGGCUUCACUACUUGUAUCCACCAGAGAAGAUCACCAACAGAUACUAACAGGAGGAGACUCAUAUGUGAAGAAGGUGAUUCUAAAUAGACCCACCAAGCUCAACAGCCUAACUUUUGAAAUGGUAUCACAAAUGCUGAAAUGCUUUAAAAUAUUCGAGGAUGAUUCCACAACCAAUCUGGUGAUCUUGAAGGGAAAUGGAAAGGCAUUCUGUGCAGGUGGAGAUGUUGUUUCCGUUGUUGGUUCUAUGAUGAUAGGGCAUUGGAGCUUUGGAGCAAGUUUUUACCGCAAGCAAUUUACCCUAGACUAUCUACUAGCUACUUACAAGAAGCCCUUGAUUGCACUCAUUGAUGGAAUUGUAAUGGGAGGAGGUGCCGGGUUGUCAAUGCAUGCUACCUUUAGGAUUGUCACUGAAAAUACUGUAUUUGCAAUGCCAGAAGCUGCAAUAGGACUUUUUCCAGAUGUUGGUGCAUCACAUUUUCUCUCUAGACUCCCCGGCUAUUUUGGUGAGUAUCUAGGGCUUACAGGAGCUCGACUAGAUGGAGCAGAAAUGCUUGAAUGUGGCCUGGCAACUCAUUUCGUUUAUUCUAAGGUAAUUUAUUGACUUUAACGUUAUAAAUAAGAUACUCGUAAGACCAUCAUUAUCGAGCGGCUUAUGGAAAUCUUUGCACAAAAACCAUGCUUAAAGCAAGAUAGUGCCUACAGGAGGUUGGAGAUUAUCAACAAAUGCUUCUCCAAAGAAACAGUAGAAGAGAUUUUACAUUCUCUUGAAAUGGAAAGCAAAUCUGAAAAAUGGAUCAUAUCGGCUAUAAAAUCAAUGAAGUCUGCAAGUCCAACCAGCCUCAAACUCACUCUUCGAUCGAUAAGAGAAGGUCGGAUGCAAGAGCUUCGACAGUGUAUAAUUCGUGAGUAUACCAUUGUUUGUCACGUUUUGCAAGGAACCAUCAGCAAUGAUCUAUAUGAGGGUUCAAGAGCAAUGUUGAUUGAGAAAGACAAGAAACCCAAAUGGGAGCCUGCAAAACUAGAGUUGAUCAGCGAAGAUAUGAUCCAUCGCUGCUUCAAAUUCGAACACGGCAACGAUGAUUGGGAGCAUCUGCAACUCCCUGCUAGACCUAACAAAAUCAAGAAUAAUAUCAUGCACUCAGAAUCUAAGCUUUGAAAUAUUGUUUGUGGCCAAGCCAAUAUUGGACAUCUGA